GCGGAUUCCUCCCAAUUCUCUCCAAUGCAGUUAAACUGUCGUAUUUUCGACUUUUUCAUGUCCAACCUCACCUUCCUUUUGUCUGCUUUGGACUCGCUCGCUCGCUCGCUCGGUGGUCAAAUUUAUUCUUCCCUCCUUUUCUAAGUAAUUUUCCUGCCUCCCAUCUUCCACUCUCCUUCGCGCUCGUCUUUUUGGCUUCAGUAGAAGUUAGCUCUUGAUCUCUAGCCUCGCUGACAAAAUGGACGGAGGAGCGGGACAAUACACCCAGCGGACGGUGGAGGAAGUCUUCCGAGAUUAUAAGGCUCGGCGGGCCGCGGUUAUCAAGGCUCUAACUACUGAUGUGGAUGAAUUCUUUCAGCUGUGCGACCCUGAGAAGGAAAACUUGUGCCUUUAUGGGCAUCCAAAUGAGCAAUGGGAAGUUAGUUUGCCUUCAGAGGAGGUUCCACCUGAGAUUCCUGAUCCUGCUCUUGGCAUUAACUUUGCUAGAGAUGGUAUGCAAGAAAAAGAUUGGUUGGCAUUAGUGGCUGUGCAUAGUGAUGCAUGGUUACUUUCCGUGGCAUUUUAUUUUGGUGCUAGAUUUGGAUUUGAUAAAACUUGCAGGAAGCGCUUGUUUAGCAUGAUUAACGAACUGCCUACAGUUUAUGAAGUUUUGAAUGGCAAGAACAAAAUCAGGACUGCAGUCAACAACAACAGCAACAAUAAAUCAAAGUCAAAUUUAAAAGUGAAGUCAUCAGAGACUCUGCCCAAGAACCCGAAAGUGGGGCAACCUCAGGAAGAAGACGAAGGCUUAGAUGAGGAGAAUGAGCAUGGCGAGACAUUAUGCGGUUCAUGUGGAGAGAACUAUGCAGCUGAUGAAUUUUGGAUCUGCUGUGAUAUCUGUGAGAAGUGGUUUCAUGGCAAGUGUGUCAAGAUCACACCAGCAAGGGCUGAGCACAUCAAACAGUACAAGUGCCCCACUUGCAGCAGCAACAAAAGAGUAAGGCCCUCAUGAGUCCAGUUUGAUCAAUCAAAAACUUUUCUUUUUCUUGUACUGUGAUAGCCUGUGGUUACCUUUGUUCAAAAACUUUAGGAAGAUUUGGUGGUUUAUUUAAUCUGUAUGGCCUCUUGCAUACCUUGGAAGGCAGUGUUUGGGCUUUUUUUUUUAAAGAUUGGUUCAGUUUGUUGGAUUAGUUGUCUAUAGUUUUAUGAUUAAAUUUUCUUUCUCGAGUAA